AAGCUAAACAUACCAACGAGCUGAGCUGAUAGAGAAAACCCUAUAUAUAUAAAAAGACGGAGAUUCACGGCCUCGCUGACCCUCCGCCGUUGUAAGCAGCACAACAUCGAAAUGGGCGAAGAGGCAGCGAAAACUUUGGUUCCCGAAUCGGUGCUGAAGAAGCAAAAAAGGAAUGAGGAGUGGGCUUUGGCCAAAAAACAGGAACUUGAUGCCGCCCAAAAGAAGAGGUUUGAAACGCGCAAACUCAUUUUUAGCAGAGCCAAACAGUACGCCAAGGAAUACGACCAGCAGCAAAAGGAACUCAUUAGGUUGAAGCGUGAAGCCAAACUUAAGGGAGGGUUUUAUGUGGAUCCCGAAGCUAAGCUCUUGUUCAUUAUCAGGAUCCGCGGUAUCAAUGCAAUGCACCCCAAAACAAGGAAGAUUUUGCAGCUUCUGCGUUUGAGACAGAUAUUUAAUGGCGUUUUUCUCAAAGUUAACAAAGCAACCGUGAAUAUGCUGCGCAGGGUUGAGCCAUAUGUUACCUAUGGGUACCCUAAUUUGAAGAGUGUAAGAGAAUUGAUCUACAAGAGGGGCUUCGGAAAAGUUAACAAGCAGAGAAUUGCUUUGACAGACAACUCUAUUAUUGAGGAGACUCUGGGGAAGAAUGGGAUCAUUUGCAUCGAAGAUCUGAUCCAUGAGAUAAUGACUGUUGGACCUCACUUCAGGGAGGCAAACAAUUUUCUAUGGCCUUUCAAGCUCAAAGCUCCCCUAGGUGGUCUGAAGAAGAAAAGAAAUCAUUAUGUUGAAGGUGGUGACGCUGGCAACAGGGAAGAUUACAUAAAUGAGCUUAUUAGAAGGAUGAAUUAGUUUUUUUGUCAUAUCAUCGUUAGUAUAAAUUUUGAAUUUUGAGGUCGAGACCCAAGACAUUACUUUUGUUGAUGCAUUUAUUAUUUUGAAUGAUGUUUGAGCUUAUUGAGAUAUUAAUUCAUUGCUUGCAAUGCAAUGAAAGGAUCCUUAGUUUUUCGAGAGUUGAUAGAUUUUAAUUUUGAU